AUGACUCGAGCUAAGAUAGGUCGGUUGGGUUAUAUAUUUUCUCCGAAAAAUAUUGAACUCAUGGAUAACUUAGUAGGAUUUACGCGAGAUGCACCACUUCCCAAUCAAAAUCAAUUUAUGGAGGUGGUUAAUCUUUACGCGGAGAACGAACCUUGGCAGAUUUUUGAAGGCGCUAACAGCUACCCACGUUACUUCAUAACGCUCCAAAAGAAAAAAAAACCAAAAUGGAAAAGAGUUGUCUGAACUGUGGGGAAGGGUACGUGGAAGCCACAAGGAAAGGGAAAAGAGGUGUUUGACAACAAAUGUAGACUUAUGGGUUACGUGAAAAGUUUGAAGUACACCUGCGGCGAAAGUGAUAACAAGAAUGCUAAUGGCGAGUGGCUAAUGACGGAAUACUCUUUGUAUGAUGGUUAUUUGGGUGCUAGAGAAAUUAAGUACAAGGGUUAUGUAAUAUGUAAGAUAAAGAAGAAGGGAAAAUCUACUAGCGAUGAGAAUAUGAAUGACGUUGAAGAACUUAUUGAUUCAUCUUUGCAAUUAGAAGACGACAUUAUUGUAGAGGAAGACGAUGUUGGAGAUGAAGUACUUGCUAUUAUGGACAAAGAAGAUGAUGGUGAUCGUAAUAUAGAAUGCUGA